AUGCAGACCUGGCGCAAGGCCUACGGCGCACUCAAGGAUUCCACAAAGAUCGGCCUUGCCAAGAUCAAUAGCGAGUUUAAGGUUACUAUCUCUCUCUCUCUCCCUACAUUUUUAAUCGUCUUUACCACGCGCUCUGAUCGUUGCCACUGCUAUGAAUUCGCUUCGAUUACUGGGCCGAAGGUUUUGAUCUGUUUUGUUGUAUCUUCCUCUUUGUUUCCGGUAGGAUAUCGAUGUUGCCAUUGUGAAGGCUACCAGCCACGCUGAGCGCCCUCCAAAGGAGCGCCAUGUCAGAAGUGAGUGCCUUCUUGAACCUGGAAUCCUCCCUUUUCUUGUCUGUCUCCGGAAAAAUAUUAUAUCUGAAAGUUGGGAUCGUACGCGACCACUUUAAGGAAAACGUGCCUUUUCGCUUCAUAUUUUGGGGCAUUUUGGUCAAAUCCGAUCAGUACAUUUAUUCUUUUUAUCUGGGCCUUCGCUUGACCAUAGAUCUAAGCUGUCUCACAUUUGAAUGGUUCUUUAAUCUUCAUUGGUUCCUCAUUCUAAUUCUGUCCCUCGUUUCAGAAGUAUUUGUUGCAACAUCUGAAGUCCGACCGCGAGCUGAUGUGGUUUACUGUAUCUACAAGCUUGCGAGGCGAUUGGCCAAGACCCAUAACUGGACGGUGUGUUAUGUUUCCCCAUGUUGUUCGUCAAAAUGUACUACUUGCGUGUAAUCCUGCCUAUCGAUUUUAUAGUCAUCAGAAUGGUUAUCGAUUGGUGUCGAGCAAAUGGUAAUUUUUCAUCAUGAAACUCAGAAAAAAGUGAUACCAUGAAUGAAUCUCCUCCUUGGACUGAACCGUGUAUCAUGUUCUGAAGCAUUUUUAUUUUUCUUGGUCUAAAGUUGUUUUUUCUAUUGUUGUGCACGUUAAGACAUUCUCCCUCAUGUCAGUUAUCUAUGUUUUCCUCCUAACUGAGAAAGAGAAGUUCGAUUAUAUCUGUCACAUUGUGUCAGCUUGACACAUGAUUGCUGGGUUUUACAGGUCGCAUUAAAGACGCUUAUAGUUAUUCACAGGACCUUGAGGGAGGGCGGUCAUACUUUUAGGGAAGAGCUGCUGAAUUAUGCUCACCGAGGGCAUGUUUUUCACAUAUCAAAUUUCACGGAUGAUUCAUCCCCUCUUGGUACUUUUUCUCUUACGUGGAUUAUGCGUCCAAAAUUCACCAUUUUCCAGCUCACGAUUUCACAGUAUUUGGGGUAUUGAGGUGGGCUUAUCUUUCUCAUACAGUGGCAUUUUACUUCCUGCAGCGUGGGAAUGUUCUGCAUGGGUUCGAACAUAUGCCCUCUUCCUAGAGGAACGACUUGAAUGUUUGCGGAUUUUGAAAUUUGAUGUUGAAGCUGAGCGAUUGGUGAAAUCUCAACUUGGGGCUGCAAAGGUACACUGUGCUUAUAAAAUUUUGUCAGGCGAACUGUGCACCCGCCCUGAUAUAAUAUUAUUUCUUGAAUCCUUUCCUUCUGUUUUGUUUUCUUCCCAGAGUCAUAGUAGGAUGAGAGAGUUGGCUUGUGAUGAACUGCUGGAGCAGUUGCCUGCUUUACAGCAGCUCCUAUUCCGCCUUGUUGGUUGUCAGGUAGUACAAGAUCAUAGAUUUUAUUCUCCUUGAAGAUUGGAAUACUUUCUCAGCCCCAUAUCUUUAACUGUUUUGUAGCCUGAAGUAGCAGCAUUCAGAAACUAUCUCAUACAAUAUGCAUUAGCGUUGGUAUGUUCCACCUUACUUCUUUACCUACCAUUUAUUGUAUAUGACUUUUUCAAUUUCGACCAUGAAACUUCUAUUUAUGAAAUCAUCCAUCGAUACAUUCAAAGUGAAUAUAUUUUUUGCGUCUUAAAUACCUCUGCAAAAUGCCGUUGUUGAUUGGAGCUACUAUAAAUAGAAUUAUUGAUCAGAGAGGUACCAGAUUAAUUUUAAGGAGUUUUUCAAAUAAGAGGAUUCUUUAGUUUCUUGAGAAUUAUAUCUCUACUUUAAUAUUCAUAGAAUCAUUCCCGUUGCCAGGACCUUACACCAGUAUGUCUGUAUGUGCUCAGUUCUCAUCUUCGCAUCAUCAUUUUAUGGUAGCUCUAAAAUUUUUAUUUCCUCUGUUGAUUUAUUUGCUACCUGUAGAUUAUGCCAAAGACUCUUCUGAAAGAAAAUUGGCACAAAAUCAAAUUGACUCUUCUGAACCCUUUUUUCAAAUGUCUAAUGCGAUGUUGUCCGUUUUAAAUGUUGUACAGGUUUUGAAAGAGAGUUUUAAAAUCUAUUGUGCAAUCAAUGAUGGAAUUAUCAACCUUGUGGAUAUGGUAUUGUGGUUUUGACACGUUGACUUGUCAAAUUAUAUGCAUAUCAAGAUAUUCUUCUCCAAUCAGCAUUUUUUUUACUACUUGCAGUUCUUUGAGAUGUCAAAGCAUGACGCCAUCAGAGCCUUCAAUAUUUAUAAAAGGGCUGGCCAGCAGGUUCUGCGAUUAAUCAUACUGAUAUAUUAUUAAGAAUUCAGAAAUCGUUGAAGAAUUGUAUGAUACUUGUUAUUUCUGUCCUUUGCACUCACUCUGCUUCUGUAUUUCAUUCACUAGGCUGAAAGUCUUUCAGAGUUUUAUGAAUUUUGCAAAGGCUUGGAGCUUUCUAGGAAUUUUCAGUUCCCCACCUUGAGACAGGUUCCCUCCUUACCUUCGUUCAAAAUGUAGUGAUAUGAAUUUGGUGUUUGUUCAGUCGGGGUUGCAUGUGGUUUAGUAGUCGUUCAUUUAUUUUUUGGUUGCCCAUGUGCCUUUGCAUUAUAUUCUAAUUCUUGGCAUUUGUCCUUGCUGUUCAUUGAUAUUUCCUGGCCCUCUUUUUGUUCUUUCUCCCUGUUCUUCUGGCAGCCGCCUCCAUCAUUUCUUACAACCAUGGAGGAAUACAUAAAAGAAGCUCCUCAAAUAGUGUCUGUUUCCAGCAGGACGAUGGUUAGUAAACUUGAGAUUAUUUACGAGCAAUUAGACCAUGUUUAAGUUCGCAAGCAACCCAAUACCUUCUUUGAUUUGAUCCCUCAGUUUUGUGAGUUUCAAUGAAUAGACAAAAACAUUAUAUUUAUCAGUCAGUUUGCUGCACUUUUCCUUUUCCUUAAAUAUUAUUGCAUGCUCCAGAGAUUUCGGUUCUCUCCAUUCAUUGGAUAUCGUACUACUCUGAGUCUUGGAUUGUCAGCGUUAAUGGAUUUUCGUGAUCCUGCAGUCAGAUGUAGCUGUUCUAUACUGCCGAGUUCAUUAGGGAAGAGAACGCUCAACUGUAGCGUCAAUAUGUUGAACUUUUUCGACUGUAAAAUGCGUGUGAAUGUCACAUAAUCCGGUAAACUGUGUCAUUCAAAACUUUUCAUCGACAGAAAACAGUCAGUUUGAUAUCGAUCCAAGAGAUUAAAACUUAGUUCUAUGCAUGGUAAGCCAAGCCUGGGCCUAACCUGGUUAGCAAAAUAUCAUAAGUUCAAGCCAACUCAGAUCUUGAAAUGGUGGGAAGUGGAUUCAAGUUGCCAUGUUUUUUGGCCCUUACCUAGUGAGAACGGGGGAUUGUCCUAUUCAUCUAAAAAGAAGAUUGUGUACAUGGUACAUAAAUAUUAUAAGAACCUUUCCCUUUUGUUUUGUGAGAUGGCUUCAAAAGCCAUGAUCUAUGCUCUCCUAAGCCAUGGUAACCUCUCAAAUAAAUAUUAUAUUCUCCACGUUUAUACAGUUUUUGUCUAUGUGACUAAAUACAUUUUAUCAUCGUGUUCCUAUCAUGAAGUGUACAUAGUCGAGUAAAUCCCGAGUUUAAUCCAGUAAAUCGCCUCCUCAUGGGUUCUUCCUUGGACCCCAUUGAAUGUUCUAACAUGGCGCGGCAAUCGUUCCCUCAGUGCUUUCUAAAACCAUAUUUGAAUCUAAUAUUAUCCAAACUAGGCCUUUCCCCAAGUCCAAGCCUGCCUGAUACGAUUUAACAGCUGAUCAAUGCUGAGUUCUUGCGAUAAGGAAGGAAUUCUUGAUGUUCCAUGGUCUUUGUGUCUAUAUCAAUGCUAUUUACACUUCUCGAACUUGAUUUUCGCAUUGUGAAUUCGGAAAGUGUAAUAUCGGAAGGUUUGUAUAGCCAUGGAAGAAGUUCUUCCGUCAGAUUGUAUGAAAUUCCAUGCUCUCAUAGUUCUUGCCAAAACCAGGAAUAUCCAGGGAGAAACCUACUUCUCACUUACAGGCAGAGGGAAUCUCCUGCUGAUAAGGAGCUCGCGCCUGUGGAGGGGCCCGAGAAGAAGCCACAGGAGACUGAAGAACCUCCGGAACAAACAGAUGACGUCGCGGGCAGAAGACCGCCGUCUGCAGCUACGGGAGAUUUGCUGGUGGGUUGGUUCCUGCCAAUUUUUUUGGCAAUUUCUCGUCAAGCAGGCGCCAAAAUCGAGGAGAUGAUCUCUCUUAAUCUAUGCAGGGUCUGGGUGAAAUGAAUCCUGUGACGGCCGAGCUCGCGGAAAGCAACGCUCUGGCUCUGGCCGUCAUUUCCCCUGGUACGUUCCCCCUCCCUGACCUUCUGAACAGUCGACAAUGGCAGUUCUUCAGUGAAUCCAAACAUCUAGUAUUCUCUCUUAAUCCAAACAUCUUCUUCUUCUUCUGCUCCUUGAAGGGGGAGAUGGCAAACCACCCACUGUGGCUGGCGGAUUUGACGCUGGAGUUUCAGGAUGGGAGCUCACAUUGGUCUCUGCUCCGACCAGCAACGACAGCCACUUCACUGAAACCAAGCUGGUAACAUGCUCUCUCUCUCUCUCUCUCUCUCUCUCCCUCUCUCUCCUCUGACGGCUGAGGGUUGCGAUCUUGUUCCCAGGCCGGCGGAUUCGACAAGCUCUUGCUCGACAGAUUGUACGACGACGCGGCGGCACGGCAGCAGCGGAGCGGCGGAGGCUACGUCACCGCCGUGCCGGCCGGCCCCAAUCCCUUCGCCGCGUCCUACGCUUUCCCCCCGCAGGCCAACGUCCAGAUGGCGUUGAUGGGCCCCCAUCAGCACCAGCACCAGCAGCAGAUGCAGACGCAGAUGGCGGGGACCACGCCGACAAUAGCGCCGCAGCACCACUUCGCGUACCAGCCUCAGUUCUCGCCGCCGGGGAUGGCGGCUCCGACGAAUCCCUUCGGCGAUCCCUUCUUCAGCUUCCCCCGCGCUGCUCCCCCUCCUCCUCAGGGCGUCCCGAGCUUGCUCUGA